AUGUUAACGACCGUUAAGGCUUUAAAGUGCAUUAAGUGCAUUAAUAAUAAGAUCAUAUCGAAGUCUAAUAAAGAUUGCUAUAAUUGCGAUACGAGCGUUAUUCGCUGUCUCCGGUAUGCUAAAAGUAGCUAUAGCAAUUGCACCGCUGCUUUUGCUGUUAUUAACACCGCUUUCGAUAAUUUCCUCGCUUUAGAUGCUGCUUUUUUUAAGAGGUGCUUAGCGAACCGUAGUCCGAUGACGCGGAGCGCUUCGAGCAUAUCACCUUUUCCUCUUGCGCUUGCGAUAGUUGCUUUUGUUACUUCCGUCGCUUUCGCUGCUUUCGUCGCUUUCGCAGCUAUCGUCGCUUCCGUCGCACUUAUUAUCGUCGCUCCUUUUGCGUUAAUCGUUGCGCUUGCCGCUUUCGCGGCGGCGCCCGCCGUUGCUAUAACUCUUACGGAGCGCCGAGCUAAAGUGAAGAGAUUGCUAAGAGCUUUAGUCGAUCUUUUAUUAUAA